AUGUCCCUUGAAGCCGCCCCUGUGGCCGGCGCUGGCACCAAGAAAAAGUCCAGGAAGAAGCAGGCGGCGUCCUCUCGCCCGACGGUUGUCGACAUCGACUCGCUGCCGGUGGUGUCAUCGGAAUCUCUGGCCGAGCGGCCGGACGAUGUUGCCUCGCUGCUGAGUGUCCUGUCGGCCGGCGGGUCUACGGCUGACGAAGACGCCAUCGACUCGACGGGGGCCGAGAACCCCGAGCCGGACGCCCCCGACUCGGUGGAGGCCUCCCCGGCGGCCGAAGCUCCCCUCUCAUCACUGCACAUCUCGGCCCCGGCGUCUGUGCGCCCGCCUGGCAGCAGUCCCGGCCUGGGGUCCUCCCUGCCAGUAUCCUCAUCCAUUUCGACCAGCGCCUCCUUUGAGCCCGUGGUUCCGGCCACGGCUGAGCCCAGUGCAUCUAUCUCAGCCGCCACCCAGUCACCGAGCGCCUCACCGACGCCGACCGUCACGGUGGCCGGCUUCGCGCCGGCUCUGCUAAGCGGGGCCCGAUCCCUCCUGUCGCCGUGGACCACCGGUGGAGCCGCGGCCGGUGACGGUCCUGCUCCAGGGACUCCGGUCACGCCGGUGGCGCCGACCUCGUCCGGCUCCGGCUCCGGCUCCGGCCCCGGCUCCGCGACCACCCCCUCGCGCCCGGUGCCGGUGAUGGCGGCGGCCGCGGCCGCGGCUGCCAGCUCCCCCUUCGGGGCGCUCUUCUCCAGCAGCCCCUCCUCUGCGACUCUGGACCCGGAAGACACGCCAGCUGCCCGGCAAUUUGCCAAAACCCAAGAGCACAUUCGCACUGGCAUGGUGGCCGCCCUGCGUGAGGCCAUGAAGCUGCUCAUCGUCCACGUGUCCCAUGGGGACGCCAGCGACGAUAGCCUUAUCGACACGGAGCUCGCGCUGCAUGAUGAAUUUGAACCCCUCGAUCGUGUGACCAUGAUCGUGGACCAUAUGCUGCAGCAUGGCCUGCGUGAGCGUCGGUCUCUGCUCUCGUCGUUCCUUGGCGCGCCGGCCGCCGCAUCUAGCGGCUCGCAGCUGUCACUGCUCCGGCCGACGCCGGUUGGCCAUGAAACCGCACAUGUGCAGAUGGCCGCCGCCACCGGGACCUUCUACUGGGACACGGUGAUUGCUGGCGUCUUGGCCAAGAAGGACGCCUCGGUGGCUCGGUCGAUCGAUCCGAUCCGCGACCUGGCCGAGUCCGGGCUUCUGACUCCCCGGCUUCGGGGCCGCGCCUGGGUCAAGAUUGCCCUCAUGGAGAAGCGCCUGAGUGAUUACCUUGCCGAGCUGGCUUCCGACCACGAGACCCUAGCAAACUUCUAUGCGCCACAUGCGCUCCUGCGUGCCAGUGGUGGGGACACCUUUGCCUAUGAGGUGGUCGGCCUGCUGCAAGGCCUGGACACCUUCGACAUUUCGGCCGACAUCCGGGCCCUGCUGGACAAGGAGACCGACCAGGAAGGCGGCUCGGACCGCGGCAUCCUGCCCACCUGCUAUGCCAACUACCUGUACCCGAAUCCGCUGCCACACACCCAAUCGCCGAGGGCCCUGGCUGGGGCGGUGCCUGUCCCGGCCCUCGAGGCGAAGGAGGGUGCGGAUGCGGCUCCCGAGGCGGAAACCCCGGUCGACAGCAUGCCUGCUGCCGGGACGAAUGACACUUCGGAUGCAAGCUCGGCCGCGGCUUCGGCUGGGUCAGCCGCUGCGGCCGCCGAAAGCGCGGCUGCCUCGGCCAACGCCGCUGCCCGUCGUCAGCAUGAGUCCCUGGCGUCGCAGAAGACCUUCCUCGAGCUGCAGCUCAAGAUGCUUCAGAGUAAGCACGAGGCCGUCCUCAGCCAAUUGAAGGCCACCGAGCAGCAGAUCAUCCAGCUUCAAACGGCGCAAACCACCCUGAAGGGUCAGCUCGACACCCAGACCGAGACAAAUGCCCAGCUUCAGGGCCAGCUGGAGUCUCUCCGGCAGAACAUUGCCGAGGAGCGGGCGCACGCCCAGAAGGUCAAGCAGGACCUGAACGAGCUUUACCAGGCGGAGAUCCGCACUCGCCAGCAACUCGAGAAGACGGUCGCCGAUCUGCAGGGAUCGCUGGCCCAGCUCAAUGCGCACGUUGAGAAGCUGCAGGCCGACCACAAACAGCGCAUCAUCGAGUAUGACCAGGAGAUCUGCAAUUCGAAUCGGGCGAACGUCGAAAUCUCGGCCAGGGCGGCCGAUCUCGAGGUGUCAGUCGGCACACUGACCGCCGAGAACGAAACCCUUUCGCGCGAUUUGGCGAAGGAAAAAACCCGGACCCGAUCCUUGCAGGCCGAGCGUGCCCAUUGGCCGGCCCUGGCCGAGUCGCUGGGAGCCCUGGUGCAAACUCUCAAUGCGGCUGGCCAGUGCCCCAAGACGUCGGCAACAUCCCCGCAGCAGCAGGCGGCGCCGGCCACCGACACCGACAACCCCGAUUCCCCGGUUGCCGCCGGGCCCGGCGGCGAGAGCGACGACGAGGAGGGCAACCGGCCGGCCAGCCAGGCCACUUUGACCCAGGCCUCCCGGUCGUCUCGUCGUGGACUGCCCACGUCGGCCCUGGUGGCCAAGUCUCGGGACCAGGUCCAGACGCACAUCAGCACCCUGCAGACGGCCCUCGAGGAUCGGACCACGGCCCUGGUCCGGUCGGCCGAGACCAACCGUACCCUGGAGCGGCGUGUCUUGGCCCUGGAGGGCGAGCUGUCGUCGGCUGGGCGGCAGGCCAUUGCCGAUGAGGCGGCCCUUUCGGCCGCCAAAAGUGAGACAACCCUCCUGCAGGAGCGUCUCGCCGAGAUGGAGGCCCAGUUGGCGAAGGCCCGCAGUGACCUCGAAGCCUCAGCCCAGGCCAUGGCCAUGACCAUGCAAACCAACCAGGAGCUCACGUCGCAGAACAUGGCGCUUCAGGUGGAGGUCGGCCGGCUGGACGACAAGGUCAAGACGCUGUCCGGCGAGUGGCGCUGCGACACCACGGCCACCGAGUGCGGUCAAUGUAAGACCGAGUUCAGCUUCCUCAAGAGCCGCAAGCACCACUGCCGGCGGUGUGGCGGGAUUUUCUGCUCGCGGUGCACCAAGAACAAGGCCAAGUUGCCGGCCUAUCCCGGGCCGGAGCGCGUGUGUGACGACUGCUAUGAUUGCCUCAUCAACCAGCGCAGCCAAUUGGCCAACUAGAUCCCCCCCCC